AUGGCUGUCUUUCCCCAUGCCUACGUCGGCUCGUCGGGGCCGCACAGGGAGCGACCACAGCGCCGCAUCCGCAUCUCGUAUACCAUCGAGGAUGCAGCUCGUCCUCCUUCGCACCGCUUUGGCGUCAACGCUCUUGCAGUCGAUCGCAUCAACAAUCGCCUCUAUACCGCAGGCCGCGACUCGACCAUCAUCUCGUGGGAGAUGGGCGCGACAAGGUCCCAGGGCCGCGAACGGAGGGAGCCGUCUGCGCCGGUGGCCUCUCGCGUUCUCGCUGGCCACAUUGAUUGGGUCAACGACCUGGUCCUGUUUGGUGACGACAAUCGUAUGCUGAUGUCGGCGUCGUCCGACACCUCAGUCGUGUGCUGGGACACAUCCACCGGCGACGAGGUGUACGUCAUGAACAGACAUGCCGACUACGUCAAGGCCCUGGCGUACCUGCCUACUCGAGGUCUCAUGGCCUCGGCUGGUCUCGACAACAAGAUCUGUCUGUGGGACGUGGCCAACGUCGCCGCCUCUGUCGAGCUGACAGGUCACAAGGACUCGGUCUACGCGCUUGCUGCCGCCACUAGCGCUCCGAUCCUCGCCUCAGGAUCUUCUGAGAAGCUUGUUCGCCUCUGGGACGCCCGGAGCCACCGCAAGAUCGGCAAGCUCAAGGGUCACACUGACAUUGUCAAGACGCUCGCCGUCGACGCCUCCGGCUCGCUCAUUCUCUCCGGCGGCUCCGACGGGCUGGUCAAGCUGUGGGAUGUCGGGACCCGCAAGUGUCUCGCCUCGUACCGCAUCCACGGCGACUCGGUCUGGUCGCUCCGGGCCUCAGACUCGCUCACUCACUUUUACUCGGCCUCGCGCGACGGCUCCAUCGCGUACUCGACUCUCCGCUCCGGGCCAGAUUCGGUUCUCUCGGUCCGCCUCGCCCAGCUCGACCAUCAGGUCCUCGCCCUUGCGCCGACUCACACACCCGGUGCCCAAAAGGCUGCUUCGCCAGGCCUGGUCUGGGUUGGAACCACCACAUCGUCGCCAGUCGCCUUUGCAACUCCGGAGCCUGAUCUGGCCCAGGACCUGUCGUCGUCGGUCUACGUCCCGCCACACACCGCAGCCUCGGCCUCUGGCGUCGUUGCCACCCCGCGAAAUGCCCUUCCACCCAACACCCUCCCCGCGCCUCGAGCCCUUGCUCCCGUCGCCACCCUUCCGGGCACCACUGGCAUCGUUCGCCACCAGAUCCUUGCCGACCGCCGCCACGCGCUCACCCAGGACAACUCGGGCCUCAUGCAGGUGUGGGACGUGACCCGCGGCGUCAAGAUUUCGGACCUGCCUAACGCAGACGACUGGGACGAGGAGCUCAAGACCCAGAACGACAACAUCGGCCCUGUCGCCGUCCCCUCGUGGCUCACCCUCGACUCCAAGACCGGCGGCCUCACCGUUCAUCUCACCCAGCCGCAGUGCUUUGCCGCAGAAGUCUUUGCCGAGGACCUCAACCUCACCCCCUGCUGCCGCGAGCUGCCCGAACCCGGGACACGCAUCAACAUCGGCCACGUAGUGCUCAAAUCCAUCUUCCGCCACGCCAUCCGCCAAUUCCUCGAGGAACACUCCGCCAAGGCCCGCCGCGCCGCCCGCCGCGCCGCCGCACACACCGCACCUGCGCCCGCCGACGACGACGUGUACUCGGAUGAAGGCACUGCUGGUCGUGCCACAGGCUCCGCCGCCUCAGCCUCGGCCUCGACUUCGGCUGUCUCAAAGUCAUCGCGACGCAGACGCCGCCAUCGCAACUCGCGCCACGCUGGCCGCUCCGGCCGCAGAAAGGGCAAAGCCCGCAAGAAGCGCUCCGACACUGCAGGCGAAGAAGAGCAGGAGGAAGAGGACGACGACGGCACUGCGCCUCUCUCCGCCUCGGCCUCCCGCUCGCUCGGGGAAGACUCGUCCAACGACUCGCGAACAUCGCAAGAUCGUGCUUCACCCCCUAUCCCCGGUGCAGCGUCAGCCGAGCUCGACUCGGACUCGUGCGUCGGCUCGGCGGUGUCGUCAUCAUCUGCCGAUGCCGAGGAGCAGGCUGAGGAUGCGCUCCUCGAUCUGCAGCGCGGCGAGUCCCUCCUUCCGUGGUUCUUUGACCUCGCCGACUCGACUCGCGUCGUCGCCACCGAGGAGCCGUCGGGCCGCAAGCUGCUCUCUCUCACUGUCGGUGCCAUGCACUCCAAGUGGAGCGAGAUCAACAUCGAGACGUGGCUUCACAACGCUCUGUGGGAGAACGUGCUCUGGGCCAAUGAGCCGUCCAAGAUCCUGUUCACCCUCGAGCCGCGCCCGAACUCGGACCUUGCCGCCCUCUCCACUACCGGGCAGUCGCUGCAAGCUGCCCGAGUCUACCGCGUCAAGCGUGUUGCCGCACACGUCUUUAACCAGCUUGGCCUUGACCGAGAGGGCUAUGACCCAUCCCGGCCCUGCGACGCCGUUGCCGUCUACUGUCGCAGCACACGCGUCGGGCCCGCAGUCGACCUUCGUGCCAUUCGCCACCACUACUGGUGCGCGCCAGACGAUCUGUGUCUCACCUACGACCGUGCCGCGCCUGCGCCGCACUCCCGCCUGCCGUCACCGGUCGAUGACGAUGAGCUUGCUCCCUCUCCCGCAACCGACCCCGAGGCCGAAGAGCAGGCCGAGGAGCUCGAAGAGGUCGCUAUCGCAGCCGCUGCUGCUGCCAAUGAGAGUCCGUCGCGCAAGCGAGAGUCAGCCGGCCAUCCGCUUGCGCCGCAGCCUAAGCGCGCAAAGACGUUGGCGGCCGCGGCGGACUUGGAAAACUCCGCUAGCUCCGGUGAUACUGACACCGAGGCAGCGUCCGAGGCAGCGUCUCGAGUCAAGAACGCGGCCGAGACCAACACUGCGCUCCGGGUUACCGGUCGGGAGGGUUCGCCGUCGAUCGAGGCAGUGGCGUAGCCGCGAGAAGUAGCACCAGCGCUAGGUGUCGGUGUUUAACUUGAAACCUGGACCACAAAGGCAGAGAGCUCGAGGGGGGUCAUCUCGACAGCGCCGGCUCGAACCUCGGCAUCCACAGCCAUCGACGUGCUGACCGCCAUCAGCCGAUUCUGUCCGGGUGCAACGACAUAGAGCACAUCGCCGACCGCC